AUGAAAUGGGCGAUAUCUAGAAGAAUUCAGCAGUUUCCAUACGUACUGGCUAACUAUGAACUCGAUCUACCCUAUAAUAUUGUAGUCCUUGACUCAAUCACCGUAUUUUUGACAGCCGAGCUUAUUACAGAAAGACCACCUCGAGCAAUUCUAUGUGUCGGAGUGGUGUACUGUCCAAAGUCUAACAGCAUAAGCCCGAGCGUCGAGCAACUGCAAGCGGCACACGGCUGCCUCCCCCUCCCGGUGGCGUUUACCUCACCUCACACCAUCGGGCGAUGUGCCGAGUCAACGCUAUUGGAUGGCCUACAUAACCAUGUAACUGAUGGAAUAAGUGAACGUACUUACUUCAAAAUUAAAUUUCUAAGAAAAAACGAACUUAGUAUAAUCAAAGAUGAUAUUAAAUAA